AUGGAAGAUCACUUGGUUCAAAAAAUUUUAUCAAUGAUGAAUAAUAAACCGAAAGAAGAGACUAACUGGGAGAAGUUAUUUGAAGAAAAUCUUCAGCAAAUGAUUAAUAACGGGGGGAUUCCUAUAAAAAAUGAAUCAAAAGAUGAAGAAAUUGCAACCAAGAAAAUAAAUGUUGGAAAUAAAAUGAUCUCGAUUGCACCACUGAAUGAAGUGAUCAAAAUUUACAAUGAAGCAGUAGCUUAUGCACUACCUGGCUCAGAAGUAUUAGCUCGUGCAUUUGCUAAUAGAUCAGCAGUUUUAACAAACGGUGCAAUGUAUGAAGAUUCGUUGAAAGAUAUUGAGAGAACGUUAAAAAUUGGAUAUCCAGAUAAUUUGAAGGCUAAGUUAUAUGCACGGAAAGCCAAAAAUUUAUUGGCUUUAAACCAAAAAAUGUGUCCUGAAGUUGAAGAAGCGAUAGCUCAAGCUAACAUGUGGAUUGAAAAAAUGGAUGAUAGCAAUAAAAAAAAAGUUUUAAGCAGUCUAGAUCAACUACAGACACAAUCGCUCAAGAAACCGGUAAAAAAAUGGGAUGACAGCUUAUUCAUGCCUAAAAUUACUAGUGAAAAUCCAAAAAUUUUAAGAGCGUCCCACGCUAUCGACAUACAGCAGUCUGAAAAAUUUGGCCGUCAAAUUGUGGCCACGAAAGAUAUUAAAGCAGGAGAAGCUGUUGUGAUACACAAAGCUUAUUCAACAACACUAUUGACAGAAUAUUGGCAUACCUUUUGCUGGAACUGCGUUAAGUUUACCUUUAGUUGUGUUCCAUGCAACCAAUGCACAAACUUCGUCUACUGCGAUGAAAACUGUCGCGACGAGGCUUGGGAAGACCACCAUGAGAUCGAAUGCCAAGUUAUAAAUAGUCUUGUGGCUUAUAAUAAAAAAAACAUAGAAGUUAAUCUUGUAAGUCUGCGACUAUUGAUAAGAGCUCUUAAAGAGUAUGGAAAUGUAGAAACUUUGUACAAAAAAGUCCAAGAUCUUGAACAGAUAGAAGACACAAUUGAUAAAAGCCUAACUGGAGGAAUAUUUGAUGAUAGCAAGUAUGCUAGUAUAUACGCAUUGUUACGAAAAGAUAUAAACUUAAUAGAAUCAGAACUUUUUACCAGAAAAUCUAUUGAAACACUCUAUAUGUUAGCGGCGACAACGGAAAUAUUUGGUAAAAAAAUUAAUAAGAUGAGCGAGUUAAAAAACAUGAAAUAUGCUAUUUUUAUUGCCAAAUUACUUAUUCAUCAUAUAGCAAUCGCUCGCACUAAUUCUAUGAUGAUGAUGCCAAAUGACGACAAAGGUAAUAUGAUAAGAUCCUGCGGAGUUUUAUUGUCACUUUUAAGUUUGUUCAAUCAUAGUUGUGAUUGCAAUGCUUAUCAAUAUGCUUCUGGAAAUAUCAGUGCUGUUGUUACUCUUCAACCAAUAAAAAAGGGGGAGCAAAUAUGCAUUAGUUAUGGGAUGUAUUACCGUGACGCGCCAACUCAAGUUAGGCGACAAUCCCUGAAGUUAAAACAUCACUUCUGGUGUAAAUGCAUGCCUUGUAAUAAAAAUUGGAAUCCGAAUUAUAAGCAGCCGUCUUGUAUAAUGCAAAAUGGAGCCCGUAAAAAUGUGCAUAAACUAGUUUCGAUGAUACAGAAGUAUGACAAGUUUCCACCGAUCGUAAAAUCUUAUCAAAUAUCUACCAGGGACAAAUCUCCAACUGAUAUUUUGAGAACAAUUACUGAAAUUACAGAUUUACUCAAUAGUUACGGUAAAUACUUCAAUUAUCCAUGUGCUGAAAUCGAACAGGCAAAGAAUUUAUUGCUGAAUAUUUUGCAUUGGGUCGGUGGGUAUUAA